AUGUCUUCAUCAAUCGACUAUCUUAAGCCUCCGAAGCAAGAAAAUAUUUAUUUGCAAUCACCACCAACAACUCCACCUGUUGGCUGGGUUACUAAAUACGAAGAGUUACCCGAUAUAAACUUUGAUUUAUUUCUUGCCCUAUCAAAACUACAAUACAAUGAGCCACUUGAAAUUCUUUCAAAACAAAAUAAUUUCCCAGCAAUUAUUAUUCAUCCAUGUUCAGAUACAUCGGAUGACGAUGUUGAUCGAGAUGAUAUUUUUAAUCCUGCUAUUGAUGAAUUUCGAAAUGAAAAAAAAUAUCAAACGACUGAAGCUAAACAAUGUGCUCAUAUCUUACAUGAUGCUAUGUUUGCACUAGGUGAACAACAAAUUAAACAAACUACAGGCGAUGGAGAUAAAUUGGUCACAUUGGAUGAUAUUGACCAAUCGUUUUGA